AUGCUUCUAGCUCGGGGUCUCGCCUGGUCAGGCCUGCUGAGCGCUGCAUGGGGUCUCGCCACCAACGAAGCGCUCGAUUUUGUGCAGUUAGAAAAGCGCACCAACUGUCCUACAGACUAUACAGAUUAUGCCAACGUCAGCCACCCACCUUUGUCAGAAGGGAAAUACAAGCUCGGCUACCAGCGUCCACCAGCAGAGUGCCGGACCUUCGUAUCUCAGGAGGUCGAGAAUAAAAUUGAAGAGCUGAAAGGGGUGAUCGAGGACCCCGACCUCUUCCGAUUGUUUGAGAAUUCAUACCCCAACACACUCGACACGACAGUCAAGUGGAGAGGCAAGGCGAAAGACUCAGACGAAGAGCUGACUUUCGUCAUCACGGGAGACAUAGAUGCAAUGUGGAUCCGGGACUCGGCCUCGCAACUACACUCGUAUCUGCCCUUCCUCACCAAUGCGACCGCCGAAUCAGACUCUUUGGCCUCACUAUUCCGGGGCUUGAUCAACCUACAAGCUCGGUUCCUCAUCGAGUGGCCGUAUUGCAAUGCAUUCCAGCCGCCCUUGGAAUCCGGGCUCGAGCCCGUGAACAAUUCGGAUGCCAGUGCCAACACCAAAGUAUUUCCCGACCCGGACAAUUAUACCGUGUUCGAGUGCAAAUACGAGCUUGACUCGAUCGCGUCAUUCCUCCAGUUGUCUGCCGACUACUACGAGAAAACGAACGAUUCGCAGUUCUUCUCCAAGUACCAGUGGACCGAUGCUGUUCAAACCUUGAUGACUGUUGUCGGAGAGCAGACGUACCCCACGUACAAUGAAGACGGGUCGAUCGUCAUUGCGCCGUACACGUUCUCUGCUUUCACGAACAGAGGCACUGAGACGCUGAACAACAAUGCCUACGGCAACCCGGCCGCUGGUGGUACAGGCUUGGUCCGCUCCGCCUUCCGACCCUCUGACGAUGCUUGCAUCUACGAACUCUUUGUGCCAGCCAACAUGAUGUUGGCCGCAAAUCUGGAGAGAGUCAUACCCAUCGCCAAAGCAAUCAAGGCUCCGCAGUGCCUGAUAGACAUGAUGUCCAAGAGGGCCAAGCUGAUUCGGGACGGCAUCACGAAGCACGCCGUUACCUCUGAAGGGUACUUCGCCUUCGAAAUCGACGGUUUCGGUAGUAUCAACGCCAUGGAUGACACAGGCGUGCCAAGCUUGUUGUCAGCACCCUACCUUGGCUUCCUCGAACGAGAUGACAAAACCUACCAGACGACCCGCAAGAGAAUCCUGAGCACCAGUAACCCGUACUUCAUGAAAGGACCUGUCAUCAGCUCGAUCAGCAGCCCACACAUUGGUCCCGGUUGGGGCUGGCCAAUGUCGACAAUUACGCAGAUCCUGACGAGUGAUGAUGACGAGGAGAUCAAGGACUGUCUACGUACCCUCGUCAGCAGCACCAAUGGUCUUGGAUUAAUUCAUGAGUCCAUCUUCACCUUUAACGAGGAAGCGUUCACCCGACCUUGGUUCGCAUGGGUCAAUGGACUAUUCGGUGAGGCAAUUCUUGACCUAUACCAGAGAAAGCCGGAGCUUCUGAAGACCAGCUUCCAAUGA